AUGGUGCAUAAGAUCAAGUGCACCCAUAGUAGCAAGAGAAGAAAAAGUAGAAUACGUUUGGCGCGGCUGGUAGACGAGCAGCUGAGUGCGGAGGCAGAGAAACAUAGGUCAUAUUUGCGGUCCAGCUGCUCUGUUAGUGUUUAAGGCCGAGAGACAUUCCUACAUUUACUAAGAGAGUUGGUGCGGUUUAAUUUGGGGUUCGACCGCAGUCUCUUGACCGCCGUCUGUUGAAGCUUGCCCUGCGCAGGCAGACGGAAAUACCUUGAACAUGCCUCCCGUCGAAAAUGACACCGGGAAGAAAGAACUCAAGUCUCGGAUACAGCAGCUUAUUGACUCUAAUCAAGUGAUGGUGUUCAGUAAAAGCUACUGUCCGUUUUGUAUCAAGGUGAAAGACUUGUUCAAAGAAAUGCAACUCGAAUGCAAUGUGGUGGAGUUGGACCUCAUAGAGGAUGGAACCAACUACCAGGAGAUGCUGCUCGAGAUGACCGGACAGAAAAGCGUUCCUAAUGUCUUCAUCAACAAGACGCACGUUGGCGGCUGUGACAGUACAAUGCAGGCUCAUAAAGACGGCAGCCUGCAGAAGCUACUGAGCAAUGACGAAGCUUAUGACUAUGACCUGAUCGUCAUCGGAGGAGGGUCCGGGGGCCUGGCCUGCUCAAAGGAAGCUGCUGCAAUGGGGAAGAAGGUCAUGGUACUGGACUAUGUUGUGCCAACACCAAAAGGAACAACCUGGGGUCUCGGUGGGACUUGUGUGAACGUAGGCUGCAUUCCCAAGAAGCUGAUGCACCAGACGGCCGUGCUGGGCACCGCCAUGCAGGACGCACGCAAGUUCGGCUGGGAGUUUGAUGAGACAGGUGAGGGCUCAGAGCACCGGCCCCGGAGGUCACGAAGGGGGGACAUCACACCGGUUUGCCGCGUGAAGCACAACUGGGAGACCAUGAAGACGGCGGUGAACAACUACAUUGGCUCACUGAACUGGGGCUACAGGGUGGCACUGAGAGACAAGAAUGUCAACUAUGUCAAUGCCUAUGCAGAGUUCAUUGAACCACACAAAAUCAAGGCAACAAACAAACGGGGGAAGGAGACAUUUUACACUGCGGAUAAGUUUGUCUUGGCUACAGGCGAGAGGCCGCGCUAUCUGGGCAUCCCUGGAGACAAGGAGUACUGUAUCACCAGUGACGACCUCUUCUCGUUGCCCCACUGCCCGGGAAAGACCCUGGUGAUCGGGGCUUCGUAUGUGGCUCUGGAGUGCGGUGGUUUCCUGGCCGGCCUGGGUCUUGAUGUCACCAUCAUGGUCCGGUCCAUCCUGCUGAGGGGCUUCGACCAGGACAUGGCCAACCGUGCCGGAGAGCACAUGGAGGAGCACGGUGUCAAGUUCCUCCGCAAAUACGUCCCUGUAAAGAUAGAGGAGCUGGAAGCAGGCGCUCCUGGCAAGCUGAAGGUCACCGCCAAGUCCACAGAAACCGAUGAGAUCAUCGAAGGAGAGUACAACACUGUGUUGAUAGCAGUGGGCCGAGACGCGUGCACAGACAAGGUUGGCCUGGACAAGGCAGGGGUCAAAGUCAACCCCAAGAAUGGAAAGAUUUCAGUCAACGAUGAAGAGCAGACCAAUGUGCCCCACAUCUACGCCAUUGGAGACAUUCUGGAAGGCAAGUGGGAGCUGACACCUGUAGCCAUCCAGGCUGGCAGGCUGCUGGCACAACGCCUCUACGGGGGCAAAACACUUAAGUGUGACUAUAUCAACGUUCCCACCACUGUCUUCACCCCACUGGAGUACGGCUCCUGUGGUCUAUCAGAGGAGAGAGCCAUUGAGCUCUAUGGGCAGGAAAACCUAGAGGUGUUCCACAGUCUGUUCUGGCCUCUGGAGUUCACUAUACCCGGCAGAGACAACAACAAAUGCUACGCUAAGAUCAUCUGCAAUAAACUGGACAAUGAUCGAGUCAUUGGGUUCCACUAUCUGGGUCCAAAUGCUGGAGAGGUGACGCAGGGCUUCGGUGUAGCCAUGAAAUGUGGUGCCACCAAGGAGCAGCUGGACGCUACCAUCGGCAUCCACCCGACCUGUGCUGAGAUCUUUACCACCUUGGACGUAACCAAGAGCUCUGGGGGAGACAUCACCCAGGCCGGCUGCUGAGGUUAAACCCUGCGUGUUUAGCGGGCUGUUCUCAUAUUAGGAUCUCCUACCAACUCCUCAUUUUAGUUCAACCUUUUCUUUUUAAAGCUCAGCCUCUCCUCCAGCUGCUCCGUUUACAGGGCAGUUGUUUCUCAGGACAAACUUAACACCGUGGCCAGCGUCUGAAUGAGUGAAAGCACUCAUUAGGACUCGCUGGGAGCCUAGAGGCUACUAAAAGAAUCCAGAGCUGAGGAUGUGCAAGUGUCUAGCUCUGGCUGAGGGAGACUGAUAUGAGGGCAGCCUGCUGAACAGCGGGGUUACUCUGCUGAUAUUUCUACUGGGCUUCACCAGCGUGUCCUUCUCAGAGGAGCACCAACACACACUACUACUGAGAGUGUGUGUGUUUGGGCUGUUUGUGACGUCCUGGCCCGUAACCUGAAAUACUCGGGUGGGCGAGGAUCGAUGUCCCUCUGCAGAAGCACCUGACGGGGGCCCAAACCCAUCGUCCAACUCCUAACUUUAAACACUUCUCAUUCCCCCCCAGUAUACAGAUUGCAUACAGACUGGAAGUGACUUCGAUAAGACGUUAAAAUUUGCACACAACCAGGGUUUGAAAGGAUGCACGGCUCUGAACUCGGGUCCAGCUGUGGACCAGAUGGUCCAAGUGGUGGAAACAUUAUUUAAUCUGGUCUGUGUGUGCAUGUAUAGAUUUACUGUCAGCACGUCUUUUUUUGUUGAGCCCACACGUAUUCCUCUUACCAAGUCGUUAGGAUAAAACUGAGGUGCAAACACGCUGUCAAUAUGUGUCUUUUGCUAUGUGGAUGCACCGGGGGGGUUUCUGCCUUAGAGAGAACUCUUUAUCUCCCAAAGUAUUUAUCUAAACAAGUCUGCAGAGAGAUCAUGAGUCGGCACCUUUCCAACCUUGAUGUGCUGCAUCACAACCCUUUCAUAUAAAAUUUAUACAACCGGAAUUGUACCGAAUGUUUAA